AUGAUGGAUAUGUGUAUUUUACAAGAAUUUGGAAAUCUGCGUGUUGCUGAUGGUCACUCGAACCAUCACCGAAGUGCCUUUCUGUCUUUUCGGGAGUGUUACGGUGAGGGGAUUUUUUGCGGUUCACAUGUCGGUGUGCAUCACGAAGCAGCGAGAGCCCUGUAUCCAGGCACUGUGUACGUCCGGGACAACAGCCUUGCUGCGAUCUCGAACAACUGUCAUCCUGGGAUUGCGCUGGAUCAGGCUGCUGCGGAGCACAUCCAGGAUCUGCUCAUACGACUCUUCUUUGGGUUGCUGGAGUCUCGGCCGCAGAGCAUUGAGGAUACGGAGAGGAGCAUGCACACAACGUUGCCGGCCAGCAUGUUCCACUGGUGGACUGGGAAUUAUGUGAAGAAUAUACGCAAAUGUAAUCCAUCAAUUGGUCUGCAAAAUCUGAAGAUCGCGCUGAGUGCCGAUACAAGUCUGAUGGAACUUACGGAGAUGUUGUACAAUGAAGAGGAGGCAUCCACGGCCGGAAUUCUAAAUGAUAAUGUCGAAGAUAUUGUGCACGAGAUGACCUAUGAUAAGGCAUCACGUGAUUUUAAACACGAGGAGGAGCAGUAUCUGCGUGAGCUCAGUCUCAUUGUCCAUGUUUUUCGACGCCGUUUUGAAACCGUUCUUCAGGGCUCUGAUAAGCACUAUCUGGACGAGAUGUUUGCAAACGUGCUGGAACUGCAUGAAUUAACGGUGAAAGUGCAGCGGAUGCUGGAAGAUGCAAUUGAGAUGUCCGAUACGCCCUGUGUUGGCUCAGGCCUGUGGGAGCUCGCCGAAGCGCAGGAAUUCGAUGUUUAUAUCACAUACAUGAAUUUGUUCAAAGGUUCCUUGACGGCUGUGACGCAAAAAGUGUUAAACGACAGUAAAUACAAACCUUUUUUUCAGGGUUUGGGAUUACUCUCCACCGAUGACGAGGUAGCUGCAGGUUUUUUUGCAGUUGCAUGCAGCAAAUGUCCGUUUUUUCAGCUGGAGGAUCGUACUCACAGUGUCACUCCUGGCGGCAAGACUUUUCGACUGGCCGUUAAAUAUGUUCUUCCAUCUCUUAUGACAAUUCCUGUUGUGCAUUUCUUUCGAUAUGUUGAAAUGACAAAUAUUUUAUGUCAUUUGGCGCGACCAUCAGAAGAAAUUGAAGAUUUGAAAAGCGCAAAAAGUUACUUCUGUGGUCUUGCUGCGAAGAUUGAGUCUUUGUGCCCACUUUUUCUCAUCACUCGUUUAAAAACGGAGCAAAGCGUACGGGCUCUGCCAGAGUCGAAUCGUUCACGUCAGCUACGGAGGAUUCAGGAGAUUCAGCGUAGCAUUGAAGCUUGGGAUGGCAAAGAGAUUGGAUACACUUGUGCUGAGGUUGUACGAGAGGGUGAUUUGUCGCUGUUACGAACAGGACCAAUGUCACCUGCUGAUACGCUGAAGAAAAGUCGCGGUGUGGCAGUGCGUCACACGUUCCUUUUCGAUCAUCUCUUGGUGUUGUGCAAAACAUUGCGUCCAUCGAAGUCGGAAAGGCCUGUGUAUAAAUUCAAGGACAAAAUACUAAUACGGAAAACGGACAUAUUCGAUUUGAAGGAUACCGAAGAGCUUCAGAAUGCAUUUAAAAUCAUUUCGCGGCCAAUAUGCCAUGAAAGAGGGGAAAACGUUUCGUGGGUACUAUUCUGUCAAACGCCGGAAGAGAAGAUCAGCUGGAUGAGCGAUUUGGUUAGAAUCCAGACAAAAAGUUCACUGGAUCGCAUGUUGGACGCUUCAUUGAAAGAAGAGGAAAAACUGUUUCCACUCAUUCUGCCUACACCCGAGCAGUACAGUGGCGGUGAGUCGCUGCACUUCAGGUUCGCUGAUCAGGAUUGCGAUGAAAACAUUGUGUUUGAAGAUUACACAUCUAGCGCAGGCAUCCCAGUUGUUAAGCACGGCACUGUUUUGAAACUUGUCGAGCGUCUCACCUAUCACUUGUACACAGAUAAUAACUUUGUUCGCACAUUCCUCACCACCUAUCGCUCAUUUUGCACCGCCCCGGAGCUUUUGGAGCUGCUUAUCGAGCGAUUUCGAGUGCCAACGCCAAUUGAGCUCCAAGUUAUAGAAGAUUCAAAUUGCUUGGCAAGUAUGCAGACACGCGAAUUAUUGGAUGGGCGAUAUGCUUUAUCUCGGGAGCUGUUUGACAAAACUGCACGGAGUUAUCAGCGAUUUCGCAAGGAGUAUCAGCGACCAAUUCAGUGCAGGGUGCUAAGUGUGAUACGGCAGUGGGUCAUUAAGCAUUGGUACGACUUUGAAAACGACUCGGUUCUGCUGGAUCAUUUGUGCGCGUUCCUGGACGAAACUGAUUCCCAUGGCAAAGUUAUUAAUCAGUACAAGAAGUGGUGCAAAAGCAUUAAAACAUGUAUUGAAAGAAAGAAGCGAGCGGACGCAAUGGCUUCCUCUAUUCAGCAGAGUGGAUCGGGAAGCGAGCCUACGUCUCCCCUCACACCGAGCUGCUAUGGUCCACAGAAACCAAAGAUACUCUGGCAUACAGCGGAGAAGGGUGCUGUUGAAACGUAUGAUCUUUUGACGCUUCAUCCGAUCGAGAUCGGCCGGCAGGUUACGUUGCUACAGUUCGAUCUGUACAGAGCUAUCAAACCAAUCGAAUUGGUUGGUUCUGCGUGGACAAAGCGUGAUAAAGACCGUCGAAGUCCACAACUGCUGAAGCUCAUUGAUCACAGCACCAUGUUGACUUAUUGGGUUGCGCGUGCCAUUGUGGAAACCCCUUCGCUGGAGGAACGCGUGUAUAUGUUUUCUCGAGUACUGGACGUGAUGGCUGUAUUUGAAGAACUGAACAAUUUUACUGGGCUUGUCGCUCUCUACUCUGCUUUAAAUAGCAGUUCGGUUUAUCGACUUAAAGCUUGCUGGGAGCGAAUGGAUCGCGAGAAGCAAACGUCAUACGAGAAAUUCAAGAAGCUCUGCAACCCUCACUGGAAGGAAAUGAUUGAGCGUCUGAAAAGCAUCAACCCUCCAUGCGUCCCAUUUUUUGGCAAGUUUUUCUUCUGUCUAACCGGUAUUGCUUUUCAUGGUUCAAAUGGUCAUUAUCUUUCAAAAAUCUUUUUCUACGAAGAAGGAAACAGUACAUUUGUGCAAAGCGAAGAAGACCUGGCUCAUGAUCAGCUCAAUGGAAGUGAGGGUAAUGCAUCAAUUGUGGGUGUGGCAAGCCGCAAAGUGAUGGUAUCGUUCGUGAAAUGUCGUCGAAUUGCGGCAAUUAUCAGUGAUAUUCAGAUGUAUCAGAAUCAGCCGUACGCUUUGGAAGUGGAGCCAAGCAUAAGGGUAAGUGUUCAAUGA